GUGUUGAAUACCAACUUGAUCAGGGCCCCAAGGGUAGUAGGGGCAUGUACAUAACCCAUGGGCUCCAUUAGUCCUCUCAUGCCACAACAUAUCUGAGACAGGGCGAUACAGAUUGCUGGUCCCAUUUUUUUCUUAGCUUAUUGUCUCACAGUUGAGGGAAUCAGUACUACAGCACACCAGCAAUCACACAACCAGAAGCAUUGGCUCCACCCCUCACUGAUAAUCUAAAAUCUGGUCCCAAGUAAAUCUGAUCAAAAUCAUUUAUCACAUUGUCUGCAGCUGCAACAUUGUGUGCAGAACACUCAUGGCCUUGUCUCCUGCGGUCCUACCCACCACUUUCGCUGAUAGCUACACAUAUCUUGUACCUUCGAGUAUAAAUCCAUGACCUGCUCAACACAAAUUCUUCAUCAGCAAACAACCCAAUCUGUGCAAAAGAGACCAAACCAUCAGAGCCGAAGUGCAUUUGAGCCAAGAACACAUAACAACCAUGAUGCAUUCGAAGAAGCUUGCUCAACUUGCCAAGAAGUGGCAGCGGAUGGUGGCAGCCGCUGGCCAGAAGACCGCAGACGUGGACGGAUGCUGCAGCACUGCUUCUGUUGCAGACAGAGGACAUUGUGUCAUGUACACUGCUGAUGGAUCACGGUUCGAGGUCCCAUUGGUGUACCUACGCACAAUGGUCUUCAGUGAGCUCCUGAGGAUAUCUCAAGAGGAAUUUGGCUUCUCUAGCGAUGGCAAGAUCACAUUACCUUUUGGUGCCUCUGUGAUGGAGUACGUGAUGUGUUUGAUUAGGAGAGAGGCCUCUGAAGAGGUUGAGAAGGCGUUCCUGAGCUCCAUAGCAAGGUCUUGCCACAGUGCAUGCUGUAUGACCUCAACUAGACUUAAUCAGCAAUUUUCUGUUUGUAGCUAGAGAUAAAUGUUUUUGUUCAAUUGGAUGUAAAUUAUAAGAUUUGUAGGAAU